CGAUGGUUCUAACUAAUAUGUUAUGUUUGCCGAGAAGAUUGUUUAAAAUAUUAAGCUAGCAGUAACGGACUUUUGAGUAUCCAGACAGCUAAUGGUGGUAAUUACAGUAUGAUAACAAAUUCAGAAUAAAAGAUCAAGUUGCUAUCAGACUAAAUGCGGAUUUUGUGGAUAAACAUUCGAAAUGCUCAGUUUUCUAACAGCAAGACAAACGGGUCUGGACGAACCGGUUCGCCUAAGACGAGCAGAAUCAACACGAAGGGUUUUGAGCUUGGAGUUAAAUCAUGAUAGAGAUGUGCAACGAAUACAUGGGAAUGGAAUCAACUCUAUUGACGUUGAAGUCGUUGAAGGAAGAUAUAUGAUAUCCGGAGGUUCAGAUGGAGUUGUUGUAAUCUAUGACUUGGAAAACAGCAGCAAGAAGCCACAUUAUACUUGUAAAGCAGUUUGUACGGUGGGCAGGUCAAAUCGUCAUGCGCACAAGUUUAGUGUGGAGACAGUGCAGUGGUAUCCUUAUGACACUGGCAUGUUCAUAUCCAGCUCAUUUGACAAAAGCAUGAAAGUUUGGGAUACAGAGACAUUAAAGCCAGCUGAUAUGUUCCAGUUUGAUGGGAAUGUCUACUGCCACCAUAUGUCUCCUAUUGCCAGGAAACACAGUCUGAUAGCAGUUGGUACCAAAGACCCUAAAGUUCAGCUGUGUGAUCUGAAGUCUGGUUCACGCAGCCACAUCCUGCAGGGUCACAGAGGAGAGAUUCUCUCUGUACAAUGGUCUCCACGUUAUGAGCACAUCCUGGCCACUGCUAGCACUGACAGCAGAGUGCAUUUAUGGGAUGUACGAAGAGCUUCUGGAAGCCUCUUUGCUUUAGAUCAGUACAACGGGGACAAGUCUAAAGCUUCGUCUGAAACAGUGAACACGGCUCAUAAUGGGCGUGUAAACGGACUGUGCUUCACUGAUGAUGGCCUUUAUCUUCUCACUACGGGCACAGAUGACCGUAUGCGCUUGUGGAACAGUGCUACAGGCGAAAACACACUGGUAAACUAUGGAAAAGUGGUUAACGAGAGUCGUAAAGGUGUGAAGUUCACUGUCUCGAGAGGAUGCAGUCCUGAGUUCGUGUUUGUUCCAUGUGGGAGCUCAGUGGCGGUCUACGGCCUUCACACAGGCAAGCUGGUGACGACGCUAAGAGGGCAUUAUAAUAAUGUAGACUGCUGUGAGUUUCACUCAGACUAUCAGGAGCUCUACAGUGGUGGGAAGGACUGUAACAUCCUGGCAUGGAUUCCUGUGCUGCGUCAACCCGACAUCGAGGAGGAGAGGCCCAAGGGUGGAGCUCAGUCUGCAGUUAAUCCUGCUUUUGAAGAUGCCUGGAGCAGCGAUGAAGAUUGAUUAAGCCAAAGAUUGUUUUACAGUCACACAACUUUGCAAUAUUCUGAAGUGGUCUUUCAGCACUGACCUAAAAAAUCUAAAAAUCUAAAAAUCGUGGAAUUACAUAAUCAGAUGUAUUUCAUUAUUCUGAACUUAAAAUAGUACCUCAACAUUCCAGUCGGCCUUUCAAACUUUGGACUUCUGCCAUUAAAGAGACAUUAAAACAACUGUUUGCAUUAAAAACUGUUUCAUACAU